AUGGCCCCACUCAAAACCUUUACUCGUGAAGAAGUCAGUCGUCAUGCAGCUGAGAACGACCUCUGGAUCAUCAUUGACGGCUCUGUUUAUGACAUGAGUGUCUUUAUUGACAUGCAUCCUGGUGGUGCAUUCCCCAUUCUCGAAUUUGCCGGCAAGGAUGCCACCGAUGCUUUCUAUGGUCUUCAUCGUCAAGAGGUGCUCCUCAAGUACAACCGUUACAAGAUUGGUACUAUCGCUGGCGAGACCCCUCAAAUCGAGUUCCGUGAAGCUGGUAGUUUGACCAAGGUGCCUUAUGGUGAACCAAGUGCCUGGAUGGGUUUUCGGUCGCCCUAUUACACUGAAGGUCAUAUCAAGUUCCGUUCAGCUGUACGCAAGAUUGUGGAUGAAUUGAUCCCUGAAGCACAAGAACUUGAAAACGCUGGUGGCCGUAUCCCUGAUGAAUUCCAACAAAAGCUUGGUGAAACGGGCUUGUUGGCAGCCAACAUUGGUCCUGGCAAAUGGUUACGUGACUUUAAUGUCAAGCUCCCUGGUGGCAUUUCUCCUGAGGAAUAUGAUUACUUCCAUGAGACGAUUGUUCACGAAGAAAUGGCUCGUAUGGGUGCCAAGGGUACUGUUACUGGCUUGACGGGUGGUAUGACCAUCUCAGUUCCCACCAUCAUCAACUUUGCUUCCGAUGCUCUCAAGGCUAAGGUCAUCCCUCCUGUUUUGGCUGGCAAGAAGCGUAUGGCAUUGGCAAUCACUGAGCCUUAUGCGGGAAGUGACGUUGCCAGCAUUCGUACUACUGCCAAACGUACUCCUUGUGGCAAAUUCUUUAUCGUCAAUGGUGUGAAAAAGUGGAUCACUACAGGUCAUUUUGCCGAUUUCUUCUCGGUUGCAGUGCGCACUGACAAGGGCAUCUCCAUGUUAUUGGUUGAACGCAGCGAGGGUCUCGAGACCAAGCCUAUCAAGACUUCAUACGCAUCCACUGCUGGUACCGCUUAUGUCACUUUUGAUAAUGUCAAGGUCCCUGUUGAAAACAUGCUUGGCAAGGAAGGCCGUGGUAUGUACUAUGUCUUGUCCAAUUUCAACCAUGAGCGUUGGUCCAUGAUCGUGGGAGCAUGUAUGGCUGGUCGUUUGGCUGUCGAAGAAUGCUUCAAGUGGGCUAUGCAACGCAAGGUCUUUGGUAAGCGCCUUGUUGAUCAACCCGUCAUCCGUAACAAGCUUGCAAAGAUGAUUGCUGCUGUUGAAAGCGUUCAAAGCUGGACCGAUAACAUCACCUACCAAAUGUGCCACAUGGAUUACAAGGAACAAGCCGAUAAGCUUGCAGGCCCAAUUGCAUUGUGCAAGUACCAGGUUACCCGUAUGUUACAUGAUGUCAGUGAUGAUGCUUGCCAGAUCUUUGGUGGCCGUGCUAUUACUCAGACUGGUAUGGGUCGCAACAUUGAGGCACUUCAACGUACAUACAAGUUCACUGCCAUUUUGGGCGGCUCUGAAGAAAUCAUGGCUGACCUUGGUGUGCGCCAGGCCAUGAAGAAGUUCCCUACCGAUGCACGCUUGUAG